UGGAUUUUUUUUAAGAAAACCUUUUUUAAUACAAAAAAUGGCAAAUUCGACGGGUAAAACCCAACCAGACCAGCGGAGAAAGGGACUCGCUUUCCUGGACGAGCUGCGGCAGUUUCACCACAGCAGAGGGUCUCCUUUUAAGAAGAUCCCUGUGGUGGGUGGGAAGGAGCUGGAUCUUCACGCUCUCUACACCAGAGUCACCACUUUAGGCGGAUUUGGGAAGGUAUCUGAGAAGAAUCAGUGGGGAGAAAUUGUAGAGGAGUUUAACUUUCCCAGAAGUUGUUCUAACGCUGCCUUCGCUUUAAAACAGUAUUACUUGCGCUAUCUAGAAAAGUACGAGAAAGUACAUCAUUUUGGGGAGGACGAUGAUGAGGUACAACCAGGCAAUCCAAAGCCACAACUUCCUAUAGGUGCAAUUCCAUCUUCCUACAAUUACCAGCAACACAGUGUGUCAGAUUAUCUUCGUCAAAGCUAUGGGCUGUCUAUGGACUUUAAUUCGCCAAAUGACUAUAAUAAAUUGGUGCUUUCACUGUUAUCUGGACUCCCCAAUGAAGUGGACUUUGCUAUUAAUGUGUGCACUCUUCUGUCAAAUGAAAGCAAGCAUGUCAUGCAGCUUGAAAAGGACCCUAAAAUCAUCACUCUACUGCUUGCUAAUGCUGGGGUAUUUGAUGACACUUUAGGAUCAUUUUCUACUGUAUUUGGAGACGAAUGGAAGGAGAAAACUGAUAGAGAUUUUGUUAAGUUUUGGAAGGAUAUUGUCGAGGAUAAUGAAGUACGUGACCUCAUUUCUGACAGAAACAAAUCUCAAGAUGUUCCAUCAGAAGAAUGGAUAUGGGAAUCCUUAUUUCAUCCACCUCGCAAGUUGGGCAUUAAUGAUAUUGAAGGGCAGCGGGUACUUCAGAUUGCAGUGAUAUUGCGAAAUCUUUCCUUUGAGGAGGGAAAUGUUAAACUUUUGGCAGCUAAUCGUACCUGUCUUCGGUUCCUGCUACUCUCUGCUCAUAGUCAUUUUAUUUCUCUACGACAAUUGGGGCUUGACACACUAGGAAAUAUUGCAGCAGAGCUUCUGUUGGACCCUGUUGAUUUCAAAACUACUCAUCUAAUGUUUCACACUGUUACAAAAUGCCUAAUGGCAAGGGAUAGAUUCUUAAAAAUGAGAGGCAUGGAAAUCCUGGGGAAUCUUUGUAAAGCUGAAGAUAAUGGUGUAUUAAUUUGUGAAUAUGUGGAUCAAGAAUCCUACAAAGAGAUAAUAUGUCAUCUCACUUUACCAGAUGUGCUGCUUGUAAUCUCAGCACUCGAAGUUCUAUACAUGCUCACAGAAAUGGGAGAAGUGGCCUGCACAAAGAUUGCUAAAGUAGACAAGAGCAUAGAUACAUUAGUAUGUCUGGUUUCUAUGGACAUCCAGAUGUUUGGACCUGAUGCACUUACUGCAGUAAAACUCAUUGAACAUCAAAGCUCCAACCAUCAAGUAUCUGAAAUCAGGCCACAGGCGGUGGAGCAUGUUUCCUCACAGGCCCAUGCAACAGCUGUCCCAGCAUCAAGAGCAGCACAGCAUAUUGCUCCACCACCAGGAAUAGUGGAAAUAGACAGUGAGAAAUUUGCAUGUCAGUGGUUGAAUGCACAUUUUGAGGUGAAUUCAGAUUGCUCAGUCUCUCGAGCAGAAAUGUACUCUGAAUACCUCUCAACCUGCAGUAAAUUAGCUCGAGGUGGAAUCCUAACAUCAACUGGAUUUUAUAAAUGUCUUCGAACUGUCUUUCCAAAUCACACAGUGAAGAGAGUAGAGGAUCCAAAUAACAACGGGCAGGCACAUAUACAUGUAGUAGGAGUUAAAAGGAGAGCUAUACCACUUCCCAUUCAGAUGUAUUAUCAGCAACAACCAACUUCUGCUACCCCUGUCGUCCGGGUUGAUUCUAUUCCUGAUGUAUCUCCGUCUCCUUCACCAGCAGGAAUCCCACAUGGACCACAGAGUGUAGGGAACCAUUUUCAGAGGAUCCCAGUUAACAACCAAUCUUCAAAUCUGACCGCAACACAGAUGUCUUUUCCAAUUCAAGGUGUUCACACUGUGGCACAGACUGUUUCUAGAAUUCCACAAAAUCCUUCAGUUCACACACAGCAGCAACAAAAUGCUACAGUGACUGUCAUUCAGAAUAAAACUCCAAUUUCCUGUGAGGUAGUCAAGGCCACAGUAAUACAGAGCUCGGUUUCCCAAUCUGCAGUUCCUGUUACUAUUGCUGUAGGUGGAGCAGCACAAGCUUCUAAUCAAAAUCACAGCAGUGCAGGACCACAGCCAUCUGUUGCUGUUGUCAGUUCUCAGACAUUGCUUCACCAUCAACCUGUAAUUCAACAACAGUCUCCACUACAUGCAGUGGUACCAGGACAGAUACCUUCAGGCACUCCUGUUACGGUAAUUCAACAAGCUGUACCUCAGGGUCAUAUAUUUGGCAGAGUACAGAACCUACCAGCAUGCACUUCAGCAGUUUCACAGGGUCAACAGUUAAUCACUACAUCAUCACAACCUUUGCAAACUUCAUCUCAGCAGCCCUCUGUUGGUAACCAGCAACAAGACACAGUCAUCAUAGCACCCCAACAAUAUGUCACGACCUCUGCAUCCAAUAUUGUUUCUGCCACUACAGUACAGAAUUUUCAAGUUGCAGCUGGGCAGGUGGUUACUAUUGCUGGUGUCCAAAAUCCACAAACUUCUAGGGUAGGGUUUCAGAAUAUUGCGCCAAAGCCUCUACCUUCUCAGCAAGUCCCAUCUACAGUGGUACAACAACCCAUGCAGCAGCAGCAGCCACCAUCCCAACAAAGUGUUGUGAUUGUAAGCCAGCCAACUCAGCAAGGUCAAACAUAUGCACCAGCCAUUCACCAAAUUGUGCUAACUAAUCCAGCUUCUCUUCCAGCUGGUCAAACUGUCCAGUUGACUGGACAACCAAACAUAACUCCAUCUUCCUCACCAUCUCCUGGACCAGUUACAAAUAACCAGGUUCCUACAGUAAUGUCAUCUCCAUCUACUACUCAGUCACAAGGACCCCCUCCUACUGUCAGUCAGAUGCUUUCCGUGAAGAGGCAGCAACAGCAGCAACAUUCACCUGCGCCAUCACAACAACAGGUACAAGUACAAGUCCAGCAACAACAACCGGUACAAAUGCAAGUUCAGCCACCGCAAGCUAAUGCAGGAGUUGGUCAGCCUUCCUCUGGUGAAUCUAGUCUGAUAAAACAGCUGCUUCUUCCAAAACGAGGCCCUUCAACUCCUGGUGGUAAGCUUAUACUCCCAGCUCCACAGAUUCCUCCACCUAACAAUGCAAGAGCUCCUAGUCCUCAGGUGGUUUAUCAGGUGGCCAAUAACCAAGCACCAAGUUUUGGAGUUCAAGGACAGUCUCCAGCUCAGCAGCUAUUAGUUGGACAGCAAAAUGUUCAGCUGGUCCAGAGUGCAAUCCAGCCCCAAGGGGCAGUACAAACAGUACCCAUUUCUAAUCUACAAAUAUUGCCAGGCCAGUUGAUCUCAAAUAGCCCAGCAACCAUUUUCCAAGGGACUUCUGGCAACCAGGUUACCAUAACAGUUGUGCCAAAUACUAGUUUUGCUACUGCAACUGUGAGUCAGGGAAAUACAACUCAGCUCAUUGCUCCAGCAGGAAUCUCAAUGAGUGGAACACAGACAGGAGUUGGGCUUCAGGUGCAAACACUUCCAGCUACUCAAGCACCUCCAGCUGGACAAUCACCAUGUGCUGCUGCUCCUCCAUUCAAAGGUGAUAAAAUAAUUUGCCAAAAGGAGGAAGAAGCAAAGGAAGCAACAGGUUUACACGUUCAUGAACGUAAAAUUGAAGUUAUGGAAAAUCCCUCUUGCCGAAGAGGAGCUGCGAACACCAGUAAUGGGGAUGCAAAGGAAAAUGAAAUGCAGGUGGGAAGUCUUUUAAAUGGGAGAAAGUAUAAUGACUCCAGUCUACCUCCUUCUAACUCAGGGAAAACUCAAAAUGAGGCCAAUCAGUGCUCACAAGUCAGUAACGGGCCAUCAUUAGAAUUGGGUGAGAAUGGAGCUCCUGGAAAGCAGAACUUUGAACAAAUGGACACACAGGAAAUUAAAAGUGAUUUGAAGAAGCCCCUAGUUAAUGGAAUCUGUGAUUUUGAUAAAGGAGAUGGUUCUCAUUUGAGCAAAAACAUUCCAAAUCACAAAACUUCCAAUCAUGUAGGAAAUGGUGAGAUCUCUCCAGUGGAACAAGGGAAUUCAGAUGUCACGCAGCAAGAGACUGCCAAAGGUGAUCAAGGGGAAAGGUUUUCUAAUGGGCCUGUAUUAACUUUGAGUAGUUCACCUGUUGUAAGCGGUACACAGGAAGCUGCAAAACUGUUAACCCAGCAACUUAGUGGUACCAACACUGAUUUACCUAAUGGACCUUUAGCUUCAAGUUUGAAUUCAGAUGUGCCUCAGCAACGCCCAAGUGUAGUUGUCUCACCACAUUCUACAGCCUCUGUUAUACAGGGGCAUCAAAUCAUAGCAGUUCCACACUCAGGACCUAGAGUGUCCCAGUCUACCCUGUCAUCUGAAGUUCGGUCUACUAAUGGCACAGCAGAAUGCAAAACUGUAAAGAGGCCAGCAGAGGAUAAUGAUAGGGAAACUGUUCCAGGAAUUCCAAAUAAAGUAGGAGUUAGAAUUGUUACAAUCAGUGACCCCAACAAUGCCGGUUGCAGUGCAACUAUGGUUGCUGUGCCAGCUGGAGCGGAUCCAAGCACUGUAGCUAAAGUAGCAAUAGAAAGCGCUGUUCAGCAAAAGCAGCAGCAUCCAACAACAUAUAUACAAAGCAUGGUCACACAGAGCACACCUGUGACACCGGUACCAACAAUGCAAGUACAGGGCCAGCAGAUCAAUUUGCAGCCUUCUUCAUACCCAGCACCAAGUCAACAUGGCGAGCAAGUGAAAAAACCUGGACAGAACUUCAUGUGUCUGUGGCAGUCUUGUAAAAAGUGGUUUCAAACACCAUCACAAGUUUUUUAUCAUGCAGCAACUGAACAUGGAGGAAAAGACGUCUAUCCAGGGCAGUGCUUAUGGGAGGGUUGUGAACCUUUCCAGCGGCAGAGGUUUUCCUUCAUUACCCACUUACAGGAUAAGCACUGCUCCAGAGAUGCUCUACUUGCAGGAUUAAAACAAGAUGAACACGGACAAGCAGGAAAUCAGAAACCUUCCAAUAAGCAGCCAACUGCAGGGGGUAGUACCUCUACUCCUAGAGCACAGAAGGCUAUUGUGAAUCAUCCUAGUGCUGCCCUCAUGGCACUAAGAAGGGGAUCAAGAAACCUUGUCUUCAGAGAUUUCACAGAUGAAAAAGAGGGACCAAUAACUAAACACAUCCGAUUAACAGCUGCCUUAAUAUUAAAAAAUAUUGGUAAAUAUUCAGAAUGUGGUCGCAGAUUGCUAAAGAGACAUGAAAAUCACCUAUCAGUGCUAGCCAUUAGUAAUAUGGAAGCUUCCUCCACACUUGCCAAAUGCCUUUAUGAACUUAAUUUUACAGUCCAGAGUAAAGAACAAGAAAAAGACUCUGAAAUGCUGCAGUGA